AUGGCCAAUCUCACUGUGGUGACUGGAUUCUUCCUCAUGGGCUUUUCCAACAUCUGGGAGCUACAGGUCUUGCAUGCCACCCUUUUCUUGCUGAUCUAUCUGGUGGCUCUGAUGGGAAAUCUGCUCAUCUUCAUGCUUAUCUCUCUUGAGGGGAAACUCCAAACUCCUAUGUACUUCUUCCUAAGGAAUCUGUCAUUUUUAGAUCUUUGUCUUGUUUCUAUCACAGUCCCCAAUUCAAUUGCAAACUCGUUGAGUCACAACUACUCCAUCUCUUUUUGGGGGUGUGUGUCACAGCUCUUUUUAAUGAUGCUAUUUGCAGCAUCAGAGCUUUUUCUCCUCACAGUGAUGUCCUAUGACCGCUACGUGGCCAUCUGUCAGCCCUUGCACUAUGAAGUCAUUAUGAACAGUGAAACUUGUGUGAAGAUGGCAGCUGCUUCCUGGCUCACUGGAGGUUUGUUUGGGGUCCUAUACACAGUUAGUACAUUCACUUUGCCCUUCUGUGGCUCCAAGGAGGUCCACCAGUUCUGUGACGUCCCUUCCUUACUCAGAAUCUCCUGCUCUGAGACACACCUUGCAACUGAUGUCACUAUGGUUUUGGCAUUUAGUUUAGGGAUUUUCUGCUCCAUUUACAUCACAAUUUCUUACGGUCGCAUUAUCUCAACUGUGCUGAAGAUUCCAACCAAAGAAAGUAGGUCAAAAGCAUUCUCCACUUGUUUGCCCCACUUCACCAUUUUCAUGUUUUUUAUCACAACAGGUGUCAUUGCUUAUCUAAUGCCACCCCAGGAAUCUGACCCAGUUCUAGACCUGUUGUUGUCCAUGUUCUAUACAGUGGUGCCUCCAACCCUGAACCCUGUCAUCUAUAGCCUGAGGAACAAGGACGUGAAGACUGCUUUGAGGAAGUUCAUAGCCUGGAAAUACUUUUCAAAGGCAUUAAUACCAAAAUUUUUUUCCAUGAUUAUUUGA